AUGUCACAAUCCAAGCUCUUCGACAUCAAGUACCAGCUGCUCCAGUACGCCACCCAUCAUAACAAUGUCUGGAACGUCGGCAUCCAUCUCACAUGCAUCCCCCUCAUCCUCUGGUCUGGUCUCGUCUUUGCCGCCAACACCGGUCCCCUGAUUACUUACCCCACUGCUGCUGCCGUUGCCUCUGGCGCCACUAUCCCCGUUGCCCUCUCGAAGCUCUUUGCCUUUGCCACUCCUAACGCUGCCUGGUUGAUGAUGACCGGCUACGUCUCCUACUACUUUGCCCUCGACAAGGAAACCGCCCUAAUUAGCGCGCCUCUCUUCUUGGGUCUUGCCAAGCACGCUACCCACUUCCUCGCCACCAACCCCGAUGCCAACCGUAUUGCCGGUUAUGUUCACGCUGGUGCCUGGAUUGCUCAAUUCAUCGGCCACGGAUUCUUCGAGAAGCGCGCCCCCAAGCUCACUGAGAACCUUGUUCAAGCUCUUGUUCUUGCUCCCUACUUUGUUGUUUGGGAGGUCCUUUUCUUCCUUGGCUACCGUCCCCAGUUGAAGAAGGAGCUUGAUGUCCUGGUCGCCGCCGACAUUGCAGCCUUCCGUGCCAAGAAGGCUCUUGGCAACAAGCAGAAGCCCCAGUAA